AUGGCGGAGGAGGAGGAGGAGGAAGAGGAUGAGGAGGAGGAGAGGAAAAUGAGAGGGUAUAAAGUGAGGGAAGGAGCAGGUUCGAGGGGAAAGGAAGGUGGGGAGAAGGUAAGGGGAGGGGGUGAGAGAGGAUGGGAAGGAGAGGAAGGGGGACUGGGGAGGAAGUGGAGGGAUGAGGAGGAGGAGGAGGAGGGUCAGGUGCUCCUCCGUCUGUCGGUUUGUCUCCCUCCAGAUCAUCAACGGAAGUUAGUCUCCUCAAACUUUGGUUCACCUGAAAUUCACCUCUUCUUUAGCGCUUCCUCCUUUUCUCCGUCUCCAGAAUUCACUUCUCCUUCCUCCUCCUCCUCCUCCUCCUCCUCUUCCUCUUCCAUUCCCACAAGGGGAUACGACCCCCUCCUCCACCCGACUACUCCACCCCCACCCCCAUUCCCCCAAAGGAGAUAG